GUUAGAGUCUGCACUGUAAUUCCGAAAGCAACGAGUAGAUGUACGCUUAUCUUUUUGUUUGUAGUCAUUAGAGGUCAGCGAACACUAGGAAGAGCUGCCACUUGGCUUCUGUUGGAACAGGAUGUCGAUACAGACUGUCUUUGUACCUACAGCAGAUGUGCUUGAUCUUCUUUUCGGCGACGAGGGUGCAUGUGCAGAUGUACUGUCAGAGGAAGUUCAUGCAGCCAAUCUGGGCGUGUCUUCAUAUCCGUUUCAAGAAUUCGAACCGGAAGGAGGUGUGCAAUCGGUCUCAAAGCUGACCGAUUGCAGUGAAAGAAAACAUCAGCAGACGAGGCAGGAGUAUGCGGCUGCAAAAUUUACUUUGGAAGCAGACGUCAUACGUGAUGGAUUAGGCAAAGAGAGACAAAAGUCAAGGCAGCAUGAAGAAUCAUCAUCAUCAUCUUCAUACAGUUCACAAGAGUGUCAUAGGUUUAGUCAACAGUAUUCAUUCAGUCAAGUAGAACAACAUGAACAACAGAAUUACACAGUAGAUGAUGUCAAAAUUAUUGCCCAAUCUAUCAAUGAAGCUGUAGCUAGAUUGGAGCUGGACACUGCAUCACAUUCUAUGGCGUCAACGUCCGUGAUGUCACUGGUCACUUCACCUGCUCUCAGUUGGAAUACAUUUACACAGUCGUUAGAUGCAGCAAUUAAUUUCAUAUCCAUUGAUGACCGGUUACCUUUUGUUGUGAUGCUGGGUCGUGCUUUGUUAGCACAAUGCAAGGAAUCAUGUACACUCAUUAGAUCGUUCAUAAAACAAUAUACUGUAUAUCACUUUGGUGCUCAACUUAGAGUACCAAUUGUAUCCAAAAAUGACGUGUCAAGUGAUGGAACACCUAUCAAUUGAUUUCAAGAAGACACCAUGCAUGCACAGUUUACUAUUGUACCUCGAGUAGUUGAGUAUUUUCCUUGAACAUGAAGGUUUAGGUAGUUUGUUUGAAUAAAGUUUUGCGCUUUUGAUACCAUAAUACAUGUAUUUAGUUUUGUUUUAGUGCUAAUUAUGAUAC